GUAGACCGAGAAAUUCGAAUAUUUCGCUCCAUGCAUAGAUGCGACGAAGCAAAGUGGGUCUACGACUAAAAUUACUCGAUAUAUCUUAUAGUUUUUCUUCAACUUCAAUUUUAAGUAAAAAAAAAGAGCAUAUCAUUUUUUGAUUUUAUACUUGAAUUACAAAGAUAAUAGAAAAAAAAUUUCGAACAGUGAACACACCCUAAUGUGUAUCGAAUAAUAAUUUUUUAGAAAACCUGAACGAUUGGCGAAGACGAACUUUUACUAAUCGGAGAACAUUAUUAUUCGGUGAAUUUAAUAAUGAAUUCAACAGCGGAUUGCCAGUCAUCUGAUCGCUGUUGUGAAAUAUAAUUUAUGCAGUUGUAGUUGAGCUUUUAGUGCUCUUCCUGUUCUUUACAACCGAUAGAGCAAUGUUUGAUUUUAACGCAAACACAUCAAAUUGUCAGACGUACUUGUGAGUAAUUAUCGAACAAGAUGUCCGAGGAAAGCCAACAAAACUCAACGAAACCGAAGCACGAGGUGUUCACCAUAUCCUUUUCAUCCACAUCGCUACCACCUGAUCCGGUUGAUGUGAACAUCGAACCAGAGCAGUCGUCGGAUUUCGAAGCGGCCGUCGAAGCUACCGGAUAUGGACUCUUUAACUACCUGAUUCUCUUGGCAAUCUUGCCCGGAAUAUGUGCGAAUGUUUUUGACACCACGACCAUAUCGUACCUACUGCCGUCAGCUGAAUGCGACCUACAGUUGACAUUGAAUCAGAAGGGGAUGCUGAACGCUGUGAUUUACACAGGUAUGCUCUGCUCGGGUUUUUUUUGGGGAUUUUUAGCUGACACGAAAGGGCGAAGAUCUCUUCUUAUAUUCGGAUACUUAGCGGACGCCAUUUGUAAUAUUCUGAGCAGCAUGUCGCAGAAUUUUUACAUGAUGCUGUGCCUCAAGUUCCUAUGUGGAGUGGUGAUAAGCGGUCCUCUCGCAAUCACCAUGACCUAUCUCGCAGAGUUUCACAGUACAAAAUAUAGAUCGGCAACUCUUUAUUGGACCGCUGUCUUUUCUGCGGCAGGCAAUGUGAUACUACCAGCUCUAGCGUGGCUGAUAAUUCCUCAAAACUGGUCGGUGACUUUGUUCAACGGAACUUUCGUCUACAACUCCUGGCGCAUUUUCGUCCUCGUUUGCAGUUUACCCGCGCUUACCGCAUUUCUAGGGUUACUGCAUUUCCCGGAAAGUCCAAAGUACCUUAUGAGUCAGGGUAAAAAUGAACGGGCCUUGAAAAUUUUUCAGAAAAUGUACGCGAUGAACACCGGAAAUCCACCGGAGAUGUUUCCGAUCAAAUCCCUGAGUCAAGACGGAAACAAAAAGCAGGUUGACCCAUCGAGAGUCAAACCUGAAGUAUCUUUCUGGAAAAAAACUCGGGAAGGUUGGAAUCAAGUGAAACCUCUGUUCGUGAAACCGUAUUUGGGCCAGUUUCUUCUGAUCACAAUUCUCCAAUUUGGAAGCAUAUUGAGUUUGAACACGAUACGCUUGUGGAUGCCUCAACUCUUCACGCUGAUAGAGACUUACGACUUCGAAAGUCACGAUCCGAGUCGGGGCGCCGUGACCUUGUGCGACAUGAUAAGCGUCCGAAGUGUUGCAAACGUUACUCUAGUCACGGGAUUGAACACGACGAUGACGGAAACUUGCGUUAUCCCCCCUGUCCCAGUCAAGGUCUACACGAAUUCUAUGAUCAUUUCGAGCAGCACCGUGUUAGGUUUUCUCCUAGCUGGUACCGUGGUCAAUUUAAUCGGAAAGAAAAAUCUGCUGCUUGCGACCUUUGCUAUUCCCGCUGCUUGUACGAUAGCGUUGAAUUGGUCUCCAGAUUCUACAACCACUCUGGGGAUUCUUGCCAUUUAUAUAACAUUGACGAGCAUUUCUACCACGACCAUAGUCACCUACAUGGUAGACUUAAUGCCCACAUCUCUGAGGACGAUAGCAGUGAGCUUAGCGAUGUCGAUUGGUCGCUCUGGACCGAUGAUUGGUAACGUCCUGUUCCCGAUUCUCCUCAGUGCAAGUUGCAUAGGUCCGUUUGUCUUCGUCGGAGCUUUCCUUAUCUCGGGAUUUAUAUUGACGCUGUUCAUCCCGACACCUCCGACAAAACUUCUAUGAGAUCCAGGAGGGCUUAAUCAUCAUUAAACUUCACAUCAUGCUAAAUUAAAAUUUAUGACAUCGCCUUGAUCAGUCUUAGGUGUACAAACUUUAGUUAUUAAUAUUGUGUGACAAAUGUGUGAACGCCAGUGUACGGGGGAUGAAUUAUAAUUGUAGUUUUAAAGUGGUACAUUUACGUUUUAUAGUGUCUUUGGCGAUAUUGACACAAACGUAAUUGUUAUAUUCGUGAACAUGUGAGUAUUUAAUUAUUUUACCAUCACGCGUCGCCGACAUGUCGUCGUGACUCUGAGAAAAGAAAAAAAAAAAAAACAAGGAAAGAAGACGAUAGAAUAUUUUCGAAA